AUGUCUGAAUAUGAUCAGGAAAAGCGAUGCAAACGUCUAUUAUAUGCUUCAACUGUGUUUCUUGCAUUGGGUUUAGGGUUUUCAUAUAAAUAUACAAGAUUAAAACCAUCUGAUUUAUCACUAAAAAAUGUGCUUUUUGGGAUGAAGGCAUUGGGCAUUAGUACUCUUAUUUGUAUUGGAAUAUUUGGUUUAAGCAUUGUUACUGUUUCAAGGGCGCUGAAAGUCAAAAAUAUUGAAGAGUUUUCGAGUGUUAUGAGGAAUUAUAUGAAAACAUCUUUUCCAUCGUUAAAAGUACGCUCUAAUCAAGCUGAUCAUGACGAUACUGAUAAACAUGUUACACUAAAAGAUUUGUCUUGGGAUUAA